UUAUAAUUUUUCGAAUACCGAUUUUGAAUUCAAUUUUUUUUUCAUCGAAUCGUAAUAAUUUUUGAACAUUUUUAAUUUGCAAAAAAUGGCUAAUCAACAUCUGAAGAUAUUCUUUAUGGCCGUCGAUGGUGUUGGACAUAUUAAUGCCUGCAUAGGAUUGGCACAACCAUUGAUAAAACGUGGACAUGAAGUAAUAUUUUUGACCAAUGAAUUUUUCUCUGGAACAUAUGAAAAAUUUGGUUUCAAAGAGAUUGUAUUGAAAAGUGCUAAAGUAAAACAAAUAAUGAACAAAGAAGGUAAUCAAAAAGCUGAAGAACAUCCAACCAAAGCAAUGGCAUCUGUUUUGAAAAAAUUUCGUGAUGAUGGUACGUUAUCUGGUAAGCCAUCGAUAGAAAAAUUACAAGAUUUUAAACCAGGCGGUGAUAAUGAAUUCGCAAAUUUAAUGUAUGAAAGUGUCAAAGAACAAAAUCCACAGCUUAUUACUUUAAUCGAUGAAGAGAAACCAGAUUUAAUUAUUAUGGAUCAGUUCAUUUUACCACCAUGUGUUGCUUAUGGAAAAAUACCAUGGGCAUUUUUAUGCAGUGCUUGCCCACGAUUUUUAUAUGAUUCAGACGAUAUUCCACCAAUGUGUUCAGGUUAUCCAUCUAAUGAUCGUACCGGUUGGGAUGAAUUUAAGGCAAAAAUGGAGAAAACUAAUAUAGAAGGAAUGCGUUAUAGUCAGAAUUUAAUUAAUAAAGAAUUUGGCUAUCCUGAAGUAUCUGAAAAACAUUUUAUAUUCAAAUCACCGUAUAUGAAUAUUUAUGGUUAUCCCAAAGAAUUGGACUAUGCAGAUAUCGUACCAUUGCCGGAUAAUCAUAUUCGAGUGGAUGCAUUUUGUCGUGAAAUCAAAGAAACGUUUGAAUUACCCGAAGAAUUCAAAACGAAAAUUAAACCUAAUGAUAAAUUAAUUUAUUUAUCAAUGGGAUCAAUCGGUAGUAUCGAUGUAGAUCUAAUGAAAAAACUUGUCAAUGAAUUAUCAAAAUCAUCACAUAAAUUUAUCAUUUCAAUGGGACCAUUAAAUGAUCAAUAUCAAUUGGCAGAUAAUAUGUGGGGACAGGCAUUUGUGCCGCAAACAAAUGUAAUACCAUUAGUAGAUUUGGUAAUUACACAUGGUGGUAAUAAUACUGUUACGGAAACAUUUUCAUUCGGUAAACCAAUGAUUGUAAUGCCAUUAUUUGGUGAUCAAUAUGAUAAUGCUCAACGUAUCCUUGAGAAAGGUUUUGGUAGUCGUAUUGAUCCAUAUAAUUUUAAUGAUGGUGAAUUAAACAAAAUGAUUGAUCAAAUAUUCGCUAAUGAACAAAUACAAAAACGUUGUCAACAAGCAGCCGAACGUAUUGCCAAAGCAAAUUCAAAAGAAAAAGCAUGUGAAAAAAUUGAAUCCAUUAUGGCUAAAUUAAAAUUGAAUGUCAAUUAAA